AUGGCUGGAGCCGAGAGCAAGCGGCGGAGACUCUUGGGUGUCAGGAUAGGGCGGUGCCGCCCCAGGCUGUUGGUGACACUGUGGGCGGGGUCUCCCCACCAGGUGGUGCAGAAGCUGACGCAGAUGGUGGGGAAGAACGUGAAGCUGUACGACAUGGUGCUGCAGUUCCUGCGGACCCUCUUCCUGCGGACCCGCAACGUGCACUACUGUACGCUGCGGGCCGAGCUGCUCAUGUCCCUGCACGAGCUAGACGUCGGCGACAUCUGCUCUGUGGACCCCUGCCACAAGUUUACCUGGUGCCUGGACGCCUGCAUUCGUGAGCGGUUUGUGGACAGCAAGAGGGCCCGGGAGCUGCAGGGGUUUCUGGAUGGAGUGAAGAAGGGGCAGGAGCAAGUCCUGGGGGAUCUGUCCAUGAUCCUGUGUGACCCCUUUGCCAUCAACACGCUGUCACUGAGCACCGUCAGACACCUGCAGGAGCUGGUCGGCCAGGAGACGCUGCCCAGGGACAGCCCUGAUCUCCUCCUGCUGCUCCGGCUGCUGGCCCUGGGCCAGGGGGCAUGGGACAUGAUUGACAGCCAGGUCUUCAAGGAGCCCAAGAUGGAGGUGGAGCUCAUCACCAGGUUCCUGCCCAUGCUCAUGUCCUUCGUGGUGGACGACCAUACCUUCAACGUGGAUCAGAAGCUCCCAGCUGAGGAGAAAGCCCCAGUCACGUACCCAAACACGCUUCCAGAGAGUUUCACCAAGUUCCUGCAGGAGCAGCGCAUGGCCUGCGAGGUGGGGCUCUACUAUGUGCUGCAUAUCACCAAGCAGAGGAACAAAAACGCGCUCCUCCGCCUGCUGCCCGGGCUCGUGGAGACCUUUGGCGACCUGGCGUUUGGUGACAUCUUCCUGCACCUGCUCAUGGGGAACCUGGCGCUGCUGGCUGACGAGUUCGCCCUGGAGGACUUCUGCAGGAGCCUCUUCGACGGCUUCCUCCUCACAGCCUCGCCCAGGAAGGAGAGUGUGCAGCGACAUGUGUUGCGGCUCCUCAUCCACCUGCACCACCGGGUGGCCCCGUCCAAGCUGGAAGCCCUGCGCAAGGCGCUGGAGCCCACUGGCCAGAGUGGAGAGGCAGUGAAGGAACUUUACUCUCAGCUCGGAGAGAAACUGGAGCAGCUGGAGCACCGAAAGCCCAGCCCAGCCCAGGCCACAGAGACUCCGGCCCUGGAGCUGCCCCUCCCCACUGUGUCCGCUCCGGCUGGGCUCUGAGGCUUCACCGGGGCUGCUCAGGACUGGGCAGGGCCCCUGGUGGGUCUGGAACCUUGGCUGGCCAGGAGGAGCUCCCCUGGACUUGGAGUGUCAGGGACCCCACCUCUCCUGAAGGCAGACUGGCUGCUCAUGGGGCUGGGCUGGAUGGAGCUGAGCACCACCCCUGCCCCCGGAUGUCCUGCACGUGGGGCACCCUUCCGCUGUGCCUCAGCCCCACCCUGACCUGGAUCCUGGGACCUGUGUUCUUGCUCCUCGUAGGCCCCUGUCUGCUUCUUUGGAGGACAGCUCUGGCUCUGAUGUGCCCAGCUGCCUCCUUGAACUCACUCCCAGGCUGUGGAAAGCUUCUGGCUCAUUCCUGCCUCCUGUUGUGGGUUUUCACUUCUGUAGGGGAGGCAGACUGGCAGCAGUUGGGAUUAAGAAAAAGCCACCUUUUUCCAUGGGGAGAGGGCAGGGGGACCCAGGCCUGAGGGAAGCGGUGGGCCCAGCACUGUUGGCACCGAUUGGCAGAAUUAUGUGGCUUGCUGGGUCCGAUCAUCUGCAGGUUGAACCUGGCUUCUUCUGAGGAGCUCCUGAGUGUUUCACAGUGGAUGGUCUGGCCAACCCACGGCCCCACAGGCAGCGAAUUGUUUCUCCCCUGGCCAGCAGCACCCCGUGUAGCAGGCGUGGCUGAGGAGUGGCUGCCUCAGUUUACCCUUGGAGCGGUGUGCUCAGCUGCACCGUCUUGGUCGAGUGAGAGCUGUUGCACACAGUGAGACUUUCGCUUAUGUAAAUAAAAGGUGUUUAGGUAAAUCCA